UGGAGCCGGGAAGUGCCGGCAUGUCUAGGAUCCGGGCAGCCUCGCGGGUCCCUAGGGCCAAGCCGGGGCAAGCAGAGGCUGCUGCGUCCAGACAUAAGUCCAGACUGCACUGACGCCUGUUCCAGGAAGUCAAGCCUGGGCACCCGACCCCCAGGAGCAGCCGCUGGCCCCUCAUCAGGAUCUCUGGCCUUGGCCCUGUGAGCCAUCCCGGGCCUGGGCAAGCGUCCGGACAGGCUAACACUGUCCUCCACUGGGACCUGAGAAAUGGCAUCCGGGCAAGGCCCAGGCCCUCCCAGGCAGGGGUGUGGAGAGACUGCCCCAUCUGCUACUUCCGAGGAGCAGGUAGUCCGGGACACCGAGGAGGUCUUCCGCAGCUAUGUGUUUUACCGUCAUCGGCAGGAACAGGAGGCUGAGGGGGCAGCUGCACCUAUUGACCCGGAAAUGGUCACCUUGCCCCUAGAACCCAGCAGCACCAUGGGGCAGGUGGGCCGGCAGCUUGCCAUCAUUGGCGACAACAUCAACCAGCGCUACGAUUCGGAGUUCCAGGCCAUGCUGCAGUCCCUGCAACCCACAGCAGAGAACGCCUAUGAGCUUUUCACCAAGAUUGCCUCCAGUCUGUUUGAGAGCGGCAUCAACUGGGGCCGAGUGGUGGCUCUCCUGGGCUUCGGCUACCGCCUGGCCCUACACAUCUACCAGCGCGGCCUGACCGGCUUCCUGGGCCGGGUCACCACCUUGGUGGUCAACGUCAUGACGCGUCACUGCAUUGCCCGGUGGAUUGCACAGAGGGGCGGCUGGGUGGCAGCCCUGAACUUGGGAAACGGCCCCGUCGUGAACGUGCUGAUAGUUCUGUCAGUGGUUCUCUUGGGCCAGUUUGUGAACACCCUUGGAAGGACCAUCCCCCAUUCCCACCGCUCUGCCCAAGCCAGGAACUCUGGGGUGUGGGGGCUAGUAGGCCACCCUGUGUUCCCUAGGAUUCAGCUGUUCUAGAAGGUCAGAGCUUGUUUGCUGGGCCUGGAGCCCAACCCUGGCCCUUCCUAAGCUUUCCCCCUGCCCCUACUCCCGCCACCCCAUAUCUCCUUUGCAGUAGACUCUCAGGGAUUCUAGGCCUAGGUGUGGGGUGGAGAUGGAGCUGUGGGUGCAGACCAGAGCUGUCAGAAUUUCAUCAGCACCCCCGAAGCCCACCUCUCAAGAUCCUCAGUUCUCUCCCUUCCCCUCAUCUAUUACCACUCAAACCCAACCUAUUCACUACAAGUGAAGCCCACCCCACCCCCAUCACUCCAGAUAAGGAAGGAGGGGUCUUGGGCCAGUGGAGAGCUGAAGUUCCCUCCUUGCCCAGACUAUAGAAUUUAGGACUGGUUUGUUAUUGUCAGGGAAAGGGGGUAAGGAACUCAACUUGAGGUUUCUGAGAAAAGACAUGUUAACGUCACUAGGAACCCCAGGGUUGGGAUCUUCCCUCACGGCCUGGGCACAGUGUAAUCCGGGGGUGUGGGUGGGGAAACUGAAUACUUGAACUCAACCCCUGAUCCCCCAGUCUCCUCACUCCUCACCUGCCUAAGCCCCCACUGUGGGUGGGGGUGGGGAGUGCCUGGUCUUUCUUGCACAGUCUAGGGGUUUGGGGGGUAGAUUAAACCAAAUGCAGGGAGGGGGUGCAGAUGGAGACUGGCCAGCCCCCACCUUCUGAGUGUGUCUGAAAUAAACUGCAAUCUCUGAUUCCCA